CAGGAGAAACGGUGCUGCCACCCUCCCGACGCUGUGGCGAUGAAUCCUGUAGACCGUACACUGCACCGGGCACCGGUCUGCCACAUCAGGAUGGACAAAAUCUUAAAAUAUCCUCAUGAAACAUCGAUCGCUAUGAGUGAGCGAAACUGCAGGCGAGGACUUCCGCGGAUCCGCCGCUCUACGGCCUCAUUCCCUGGAAACCUGCACCUUGUGUUGGUGCUGAGGCCUACCAGCUUCUUCCAGCGCACCGUCACAGAUCUUGGCUUCCGCUUUAGUCAAGAGUAUUUUAUGCUCAAAAUGCCUGUGGUGAUGCUCAGUUCUGUCACAGAUCUGCUGCGGUACAUUGAUGAGAACCAGCUGACCUCAGAGUUUGGGGGAACUCUUGACUACUGCCACAGCGACUGGAUCGUCUUGAGAACAGCAAUUGAGAGUUUUGCGGUUAUGGUAAAGGACAUUGCUCAGAUGCUGCAGGCGUUUGGAACAGAGCUGGCUGAGACCCAGUUAUCAGAGGAGUGCAGUGCUAUUGAGUUUCUCCUGCUGUCCCACACAGAGAAAUACAGGAGACUUAAGGAUGCCAUCAGAUCUGUGAUGAGAGAGGGGCGGCAACUGCUCUCUAACCUGGAGGCUUCAAGGAAGGAAGGGGACUCUGACACGUGCUGGGACAUGACACAGGACUGGGAUACCAUGCAGAGGCUGCUGGCUCAGCUCACAGAUAUGGAGAUGGCCUUUGAUGGCUUCUUUGACAAGCACCACCUCAAACUGCAGCAAUAUUUGCAACUGCUGAGAUAUGAGCACAGUUUUCAUGAGAUGGAAUACUCUUUAGAGAAAUUAAGAGCACAGGAAAGGAAGAUAAGCAUCACAGGAGAAUCCCUGUCCCAAACAGAUCAGAGCGUCAGAGAGCUGGACAGUCUGGAAAAACAUGCGCAGGAGGAGAUGAGUCGGGCUCAGGUUCUUAUCCUGCAUGGGCAUCAGCUGGCUGCUGGACACCACUAUGCCAUGGCUCUGAUUAUCCAGCGCUGUAAUGAACUCAGACAUCACUGUGACACCCUGACCUCUGCCCUCAAUACUAAACGCAACACCCUGACACAAACACAGACCCUACUGCGCUGCCUUGAAGAGGCUCAGCGGUGGUGUGAUGAUGGCGCUUAUCUCUUGGCCAAUCAGCAGGUGGAUAAAUUCCAGUCUAAAGAGGGUGCACAGAGAGCUCUUCGAGAUAUCGAGAAGUUCCAGGAGGCGGCGCCACCACUCCUCGGUGCAGGCGAGGAUGUGCUCUUUCUGGAGUAUGAAUCUGUGCUCACCCUUUGUCUACAGGCUCAUAUAGAGAAGACAUUUCAGAAGCAUAGUUCUGUGCAGGCUCUGAUUCACUCCAGACAGUACUGUCUGAGGAAACUGGCACACAAACAUGUCCGACCAAUCCAACUGGUGGCUCCUCGUCCAGAGAACCCACCACGUGCAAAAUCCCCCCUCUUCUCCCCCAAACAUGAUUUUAAUUCCGGUUUAAAGUUCACAUUUGACCUCCCACUACCAGGCAAAAGAACAUCAAGAAAAAGCCCAAAUUCCAGGAAGAUCGAGGUGAUUCAUGACUAUCAGACGGCCAGCUCUCUCCCGUACAGUAUAGAUGGAGAAGACGGCGCUGAUCUGCUCAAACGACAUGUGAUGAAGGAGCUGAUCGAGACCGAGAGGAUCUAUGUGGAGGAGCUGCUGGCAGUGCUCCUGGGCUACAGGGCUGAAAUGGACAACCCGUCUCUUUCUCCGCUCCUGCCAACAAAUCUUCGCAACAAGAGAGAUGUGCUGUUUGGAAACUUGCCUGAUAUCUACAACUUCCAUAGCAGUGUCUUCCUGCAGGAUUUGGAAAGCUGUCUGGAGAGCCCUGAGGCAGUAGGGGCUUGCUUUCUGGAAAGGAAAGACCAUUUCCAUUUAUAUGAAUGUUACUGUCAGAACAAGCCUCGAUCUGAUUCCUUAUGGAGGCAGUUCUCGGACUGCCUGUUCUUUCAGGAGUGCCAAAAGAAGCUGGAACACAAACUUGCUCUUGACUCAUACCUGCUGAAACCAGUCCAGCGCCUUACAAAGUAUCAGCUCCUAUUAAAGGAGCUUGUGAAGUACAGCUCAGGCUGUGAGAAAGUUUCUGAGCUGCAGGGGGCGCUAGAGGCCAUGCUGGACUUGCUGAAGUCAGUCAAUGACUCAAUGCACCAGAUUGCCAUCACCGGAUAUGAGGGGGAUCUCAGCAAUCUGGGCCGUGUGCUAAUGCAGGGCUCCUUCAGCGUGUGGAUUAGUCAUAAGAAGGGUCCGACCCGCGUGAAGGAGCUGGCCCGCUUCAAGCCCAUGCAGCGACACCUGUUCCUGCAUGAGCAUGCACUCCUCUUCUGCAAGCGUCGAGAGGAACAUGGAGAGAACGCUGACAAAACUCCCUCCUACAGCUUCAAGAACUGUCUUAAGAUGAGUGCAGUCGGCAUUACAGAAAAUGUCAAAGGAGAUGUGAAGAAGUUCGAGAUCUGGUACAGUGGCAGAGAGGAAGUCUAUGUGAUCCAGGCACCCACAGUGGAGGUGAAGAUUGCUUGGCUGAACGAGAUCAGAAAGAUCCUGACCAGCCAGCAGAAACACCUCAGAGAAGAGCUGUGUCCCUCUGCUGCAGUCUCAGAGCAGAUGCAGAUGUCUCAUCCUCUCUCAGUGAGCAAACAGCAAAGAGCGUCAGUCAGCUCAGAGGGGACUGAGUCAAGCCACAGCAGUCCAGACCCGUUCAGUUGCUCAACCCAGCAUCAGCGCAACAGACGCAACUGGCCGGGCACACCUUACUCUGUAGAUAUCUGUGAAGGUCUGGAGGACUGGAGUGGAGCAAACAGCCUCUCUAACCCGUCUGACACUGAGGAGGAGGACGCUGCCCGUUUGGUUGCAGGCAGGUACAGGGCCUUCGUCGAGUGGCAUAAAAAUGGGACAGAAAACUUCCUCAUUAAGUGCGGUGAUGUCAUACAACUACAACAUGAGGAAAAUGAUGGCCAUUGGCUGGUGAAGAAUCUGAGUCGCAGACAGGAAGGCCGUAUCCCUACUGCCAAUCUGCAGGGCAUCCUUGGGGAAAGCCUCAAGAAUCACUCCAACCGGCUUGGAGACCCAGGGAAUCGCAAAGCGCAGAAGCUCAGCUCGCCGUGAAGGAAUGGCCCAGUUUUUUAUUGGGCCUUUAACAUUCACACUUGUUAGCUCGGACUGUAAGUGACUACAUGGACUCAGACCAGACCAGACCAGCAGGAUUGUAUUCCAGAUGUUUUGUACUGAUCCUCUUUGACAGAUGCUACCAAAAUGCAAA